UUGGGACAUUCUAUGAAUCAGUCAAGUAACAUCUCAAAGACUGGCGGUCCUACCUCUGUUUCUGCUCCUCAGAGCUUCCCUCGAGCAUCUACUACACCAUCCAGUCGGGACAUCUGUAGUUCCAGUGCAGUGUGUUCUGAAUGUUGUCAUCACAGUCCAGUGCAAUCUGCUGUUGUCUUGAAAAAUCCUGUCUGUCAGAAUUCUCUGUCCCAAGGGACUACUGUGACAGUAAUCUGUCAGGAAACGGUGCAGGCUUCCAAGAGGAAUCUUCAUGGCCAGGAAUGUGUCCUUGCUCCCAAGUCUAAGAAUGGAAAAACCACCCAAUCUCUGAAAUUCUCCAAGUCCCUCAAUGACAUGGACCGGAAUGCUCAGAGUACAGUCAAAAGCUUUAGCUACAUGGAUCGAACAUGUUCAGAAGACAAAUUGACACCAAACCGGGAGCCGUGUUUAAAGUUUACCAAAUGCUAUCCCGCGGAGAAGAAAUCACUUAACCUCAGACCCUUCUCUUUGAGUAAUUCCAAGCCCUCUUAUUUCCGGUCGCUCACCACCCUGUACUUGAGCCCCUCUGGGGCUAGCGAUACGCAGAGCGCAAUAAACAUCCCUCUUCUGGAGGACAAGUGUGACCAUGAAAUGUUCCGGAGUGUGAAGCUGCUGCGCUACCUUUUCUCCUUCUCUCGUAGCUCCAGCGCAAGCGGUCAUGAACUGGAGAACUACUCCGGCCGCCUCCAGUCAGAGAAGUCCUCCAGUGUGGUGGUCGAGAGCACCGGUUUCUGUUCAGAUGACAUGGGAGACGAUGAUGUCUUUGAGGACGGUGCCUCUGGGAGGCUGGACGCUUGCGAGCUGCGGGCACCACUUUGCUCGGUUGAGAAGGAUAGUGACCUAGACUGCCCUUCCCCGUUGUCAGAGAAAUGUCCCCCUCUCUCCCCUGUGUCCGUAUCCGGGGAUGCCUGCAGGAUAUGCCAUUGUGAGGGAGACGAGGAGAGCCCUCUGAUCACUCCAUGCCGCUGCACGGGGAGCCUCCACUUUGUCCAUCAGUCGUGUCUGCAGCAGUGGAUCAAGAGCUCGGACACCCGGUGCUGCGAACUCUGCAAAUACGAAUUCAUCAUGGAAACCAAAGUGAAACCGUUACGGAAAUGGGAGAAGCUGCAGAUGACAACCAGUGAGCGGAGGAAGAUCAUGUGCUCUGUAACGUUCCACAUAAUUGCUAUCACGUGUGUGGUGUGGUCACUCUAUGUCCUUAUAGACAGGACUGCUGAAGAGAUUAAGCAAGGGCAGUCUACUGGGAUUCUUGAGUGGCCAUUUUGGACUAAAUUGGUAGUGGUGGCUAUUGGUUUCACUGGAGGACUUUUGUUCAUGUACAUUCAGUGCAAAGUCUAUGUACAGCUGUGGAAAAGACUUAAGGCUUAUAACCGUGUAAUAUAUGUACAGAACUGUCCAGAAACGAACAAAAAGAGCACAUUUGAAAAAUCUGGAGCAACCGAGCCAAACACUGAAAACAAAGAUGUGCUCGGGAGUCUCCAUGCAGAGACAAAUGGUUCGCGUUAUACAGAAUGUGAAGACUAUAGAACAGAUAUUUUCCAUGUCUGAUGGUUACACUUGGAAGACCUGGGCAAGCAUCGUCUACUCUGCUCAGCUAUUCAAAAUCAGCUAAGGUCUAGCAGGUGAAC